AUGGCCUCCGAACCUCCAACCUCCGACGGCCUCACCCCCGCCCAACUCUCCUUCUUCCACCAAAACGGCUACCUAAUCAUCCCCCGCGCCCUACCCCCCACCACCGUCUCCCGCCUCCUCUCUGAAACCCAGAAGCUCCUCUCCGACUUCGACCUCACCACACACCCCCUCACCCGCUUCCGCACCGGCGGCUCCUCCGGCCACGACCACGUCGGCGACGACUACUUUCUUUCCUCAGGGGACAAGAUCCGCUUCUUCUUCGAAGAAGACGCCUUCGACGACGCCUCCGGAAACCUGAUCAAGCCCAAAGACAAGGCCAUCAACAAGAUCGGACACUACCUGCACGGACUCAACCCUGCCUUUGCGAGUCUGCUAGCCACCAGCCCGGACGAUGAGCGGGGGUGGGUAGAAGACCUAAAGGCGCGCCCGGCGGCCGUGGCGCGGGACCUGGGCUUCAAAGACCCGCGGUGUCUGCAGAGCAUGGUCAUUUGCAAACAGCCCGAGAUCGGCGGGGCGGUGCCUCCGCAUCAGGACAGCACGUUUUUGUAUACCAAUCCUCCUUCGGCGGUGGGGUUCUGGUACGCGCUGGAGGACGCGACGCUGGAGAAUGGGUGCUUGAGCUUUUUGCCGGGGUCGCAUUUGUGGGCGCCGAUCGAGAAGAGGUUGGUUAGAAAGGAUGGUGCGAAGGAGGGCACGGAGAUGGUGGAUAAUGAUGGGCCGAGAUUCCCGCCUGGAGAACAGUAUGGUGAGGAUAAGAAGCCGGAGGAGGUCAAGGGCAGGGAGGAGGAGGCCUACGUUCCCGGGGAGGUCAAGGCCGGCGAUUUGGUGCUCAUUCAUGGCAAUAUUUUGCAUAGGAGUGAGAGGAACUUGAGCCAGAAGGGGAGGAUUAUCUAUACCUUUCAUGUUAUUGAGGGUGAGGAGGGGAGAGAAUACGAUGAGAGGAAUUGGUUGCAGCCGCCGCAGGAGGGAUUCACGAGGUUGUAUGCCUAG